AUGUACAAAAAGAAGUUCGGCGCCGAGCGGGUGAGCAAGAUGCUCCCACACAUGAUCGAGGUGGGAAGGCAGACCGGCAUUGAGUUUUCGUACGGCGGUGAUACUGGCAACACCUUCGACUCGCACCGCCUGAUCCUGCUGGCCUGGAAAGAGGGCGGGCAGGAGCUGCAGGACAGGGUGGUUGAAGAGCUGUUCUCGAACUAUUUCGAGCAAGAGAAAUUCAUCGGCGACAUGGCAGUCCUGGAGGAGUGCGCGGCGAAGUGCGGUGUUGCGGGCUUCGGCCAGAUUAAGAGCGACCCGGACUUCCUCACCGACGAGACCAUGGCUGAGAUAUCGGCGUACUCGCGGAACGUGUCUGGGGUGCCGCACUUCAUCGUGCAGGACAGGCACAGUCUCAGUGGCGCUCAGGAGGCUGACGCGUUCGAGGAGAUAUUCCGGAAGGUGGCGAGGUAG